CGCAGCAGUCAAAAGGUGGACUGGUUGACGCAACGCAACGCCAGCGAAACCUUCUUCCUCCUUCCCUCCCCCGUGCGGUCCGGUACCCGGCGGAGUCUACCCGAUCUCCUCUAUCCUCUUCCGUGUUCGUAUCUUUCACUCCCAGCCCCCAAUAUUUAUGCCGAGUCUAGAGAGAGAAGAGGAAAAAGAUCGAUUUCCUUGGCGCCAUUGUAACCAAUCAGAGGUGUCGUCGUCUACUUCAUGGGGGAACUAACGCUGUCGAGGUUUCUGUCCGCGAGGUGGGAGCGGCGGCGGCAGCUCUCUCACCGUCAGGUCCGACGACCCCUUACUUCAGUGGAUAAACGAAAAGGUCUGAAAUGCCAACAUGAUGAUAAUACUCAAGGCCGCAAAGGAAUGGGAUCAGAGCCCUGCCUGCAAGAGGAUGCUGCUCGCGCUGCUUGCGUGUCGCACACUUUUCUGCGAUCCUGGAGAUGUUAUCCCAACCUUACCUUCACUUUGGAAACAUUGGGAUUGGAUAGAAGCACGACUAAAAAGGAUGAUCUUUCAAGAUAUUUCAUCAAUAAAGUCAAGCACAUCUUACAUAAUCACGCUGGCAUUGGCAUCAAGGCACUAAACCUUGAACUCUUUCAUGGUAGCAAGGUCAACUUGUGCUACCUCGAUAGUUGGCUUCACAUUGCUGUUACACCAGGGAUUGAAGAACUCACCCUAUCUUUACCUCAUUUCUGGAAAGCGAGAUACAACUUCCCGUGCUCACUUUUAUUUGACAGAGGUGGAAACUCAGUUCAAUAUCUUCACCUCACUGCUGCACCUUCCGCCCCCCAGUUGUUCUUGGUUGUCUGAGAAGAUUGACGCAGUUGCACUUGUGUUAUGUGUGGAUUACUGGGGAUGAGUUGGAACUCCUUCUUUCCAAAUCCUUUACUCUGGAGUGUUUGAGAAUCGCAUAUUGUCCUGAGA